AUAAUAUUUGGAGAGUUACAAGUGGCUGCGGUCUGCAGCACAAACCGAGAAGCGUGACCAAUGAGCUCUCUCUUGCGCAUGUACUCAGAUUUCAGUUGACAGUGAUCGUCGGUGUUUAUGCGCGACUUUAAAGCUCAGCAGCUCAGAGAAGUUGGUGACCAGAGUGGAAACGGUGCAAGAUGGGAAAGAAGGUGGAAGGAAGCGCGGGUGCAUAGUUUUUAUUUUUUCUGAGGACGCGGAGCUCUGUGCCAGUGCGCACAGCUUCUUAAGUGCAUGCAAACGCACCGCAGCUGAUUUACACAGUGGACUCUCCUGAGCAGGAGCAGAGAUGGCUGCACAUAUUAGUUCUUUGGUUGUUUUUACACAAUUCCUACUUUAUUUGAAGGCGACAUGUUGCUUUGAGGUGGAUUUCUGCAUACCUGUUCGCGUGGACCAUCAAAAGCAUGAAAAGCAUGUGCACCGACGCACGGAGCAGAUGAAUGAAAGGCAGGUUGUUUUUAGACUCAGUGCAUUUAAACAGGAAUUUUACCUUCGCCUCAUGCCAGAUUCUAGUUUCCUUGCAGCUGGCAGCAUGCUUCCUGAGAGCGACUCCACAGCAUCCAACGCCUCUGCAGCCGCUGACCUCAGGGAAUGCUUCUACUCUGGUGAUGUCAACGCAGACCCGGACUCCUUCGCCGCUCUCAGCCUGUGCAAAGGUCUGCAGGGAGGCUUCUCCUAUAACGGCAUGGAGUAUUUCAUCAGUCAGAGCAGGAAUGAAGAUGCGCCUAGAUAUGGAAACUCUUUCGAUAGGACGCACGUUAUCCGUCGCCGGAGACGCGCUGCGCACUCAGGCGGCAACUUCACCAGCAGGUGUGGAGUUACACCUGACACCAACUUCACCAUUUCUCUGGAGAAAUACAAGUACAUGAGCGAUUUGGAGAUUGAUGGCUUAACUGAAACUGUGUUGAAAUCCUUGGGGAGGUCCAAACGGUUUGCUUCCAUCCCCAGGUUUGUGGAGGUGCUGGUGGUGGCAGAUGAAUCUAUGGCUAAAUUUCACGGGGAUGACCUGAAGCAUUACCUCCUGACCUUGAUGUCAGUCGCAGCCAGGCUUUACAAGCACCCCAGCAUUCUCAACUCCAUAAACAUAGUGGUGGUGGGCUUCAUGGUGAUAAAUGAAGCCGACAAGGGACCUAAGGUUUCCAGCAAUGCUGCCCUGACUCUGCGCAACUUCUGCUCCUGGCAGAAGAAGUUGAAUAAACACAGUGACAAGCACCCUGAGUACUGGGACACUGCAAUACUGUUCACCAAACAGGACCUUUGUGGCGCCACAACCUGUGAUACUCUGGGGAUGGCCGACGUUGGCACCAUGUGUGACCCGAAGAGGAGCUGCUCUGUCAUUGAGGACGAUGGUUUACCUUCUGCUUUCACUACUGCGCACGAACUUGGCCACGUCUUCAACAUGCCCCACGACAAUGUGAAGGCAUGUGAGGAGGUAUUUGGGAAACUAAAGGAGAACCACAUGAUGUCUCCCACGCUGAUUCAGAUAGACAGGAGCCGACCCUGGUCUGUGUGCAGCGCAGCCAUCAUUACCGAGUUCCUGGACAGAGGUCAUGGAGACUGUCUUUUGGACCAGCCUCAGAAGCAGCUGUCUCUCCCUGACAACCUGCCCGGCUCCAGCUACAGUCUGCACCGUCAGUGCGAGCUCGCCUUUGGAUCCGGAUCCAAGCCCUGCCCCUACAUGCAGCCGUGCUCCAAGCUGUGGUGCACCGGGAAAGCCCGCGGACAGCUGGUCUGCCAAACCCGACACUUCCCCUGGGCAGAUGGCACAAGCUGUGGCAACAGCAAGGUCUGCUACAGAGGUGCUUGUGUUGAUAAGAACAGCACCGCGCACAUCAAGGUGGAUGGCCGAUGGGGGAAGUGGGGUGCGUUUGGAGACUGUUCUAGAAGUUGUGGUGGUGGAGUUCAGCUGGCCAAGAGAGAGUGUAACAACCCCAUCCCUGAGAACGGAGGCAAAUACUGCUACGGCCUACGCAUCAAAUAUCGCUCAUGUAACCUCAACCCUUGUUCUGAAACAGGUAAGAGUUUCCGCGAGGAACAGUGUGAGGCAUUCAAUGGCUUAAACCUGAACACCAACAGGCUGGGCUCCUCCGUGGUUUGGGUUCCCAAAUAUUCAGGCAUCUCUCCCAAGGACAAAUGCAAGCUCAUCUGCCGUGCCAAUGGGACUGGAUACUUCUAUGUCUUGGCUCCAAAGGUUGUGGAUGGGACACCAUGUUCUCCUGACACCUCCGCUGUGUGCGUUCAGGGAAAAUGCAUUAAGGCAGGCUGUGAUGGCAAGCUGGACUCUAACAAGAAGUUUGACAAGUGUGGCAUGUGUGGCGGAGACAACCAGGGCUGCAAGAAGGUCUCAGGAAUGUUCACCAAGCCUAUUCAUGGCUACAACUUCGUGGUGAUGCUGCCUGUUGGAGCUUCCAACAUUGACAUCCGUCAGCGUGGCUACCGAGGAAUGGUCAGUGAUGAAAACUACUUAGCCGUGAAGAAUCGUCAUGGCAUGUACCUCCUGAAUGGAAACUACGUGGUGUCAGCUGUGGAGCGGGACCUGCUGGUGAAGGGCAGCCUGCUGCGGUACAGUGGUACUUCCACAUCUGUGGAGAUCCUUCAGGCCACCAGACCCCUGCAGGAGCCUCUGACUGUAGAGGUGCUGUCUGUCGGGAAAAUGACCCCUCCCAGGGUACGCUACUCCUUCUACAUCUCUAAGGAAAGCAAGGAAGAAAAGACUCUGCGGAAAGAGGAGAAAAGUCACAAAGCACAGAACAGUGUCUUGGCUGAUAGCAAUAAAAUAGAGGCUAAGAAGCAGGCGAUGGGUAAGAGGCCUGUCAGUCACUGGGUGACAGGAGGAUGGGAUUCGUGCACAGUGACUUGUGGGAAUGGUCUGCAGAAGAGGCUGGUACAGUGUCAGAGCAUGGAGGGACGUCCUGCAGCAGACUGUAACAGUGCUGACAGGCCUGUGGCAGUGAGAGCAUGUGGGGACCCCUGUCCCAUGUGGGAUGUUGGGACCUGGUCUCACUGCUCCAAGUCCUGUGGAAGGGGCUUUAAAAGGCGGCCGGUGCGCUGUAUGACUGAAAAUGGUCUGACUCUGCCUAGAGACCAUUGCUCUGGAAGGAGGAAGCCUCAGGAGCUGGACCUGUGCAACCUGAAACCAUGUUAGAGCAGAAAAGACACAGACGGUAGUGGAAGUGAACAUUUGACAUGAACCUUAAAGAUACCAACAGCUGUGUUGGGUGCAAAUACUCACACACAGCCUGACGGGGUCUGAAGGGGUUUCUGUGACACUGAAAGAGGGAGACAGAGAGGGUCUUCCCCUGUUGUCUGAAAGGACAGAUAUCUGCUUACAUAAAACAAAAGAAGGAAAACAGUCUUCUUGUGAAGUGUCAAACUAUCUGUGGCAGGUUUGCCUUGUCUACCUCUACCAGGACUGAUGACGAUGCCUGUGUAAAUACACAACAGCCCUUUUCAGACAUGAGAUACACAACAUAGCUGCUUCAUCAGGCUGUUACAGUGACAACCUUCAAAAAAUGUUUCUUACAGCUUUAUUCAGACAUGUCAAGACUGUUAUGGAAACAGCCACACUAACAUGCACACCAGAUUUAGCAUGCAACACACAAGACUAGACAGUACAGGAUGUUAUGUUUAGUGUAUGAGACCCCCACGGUUCUGUUAAGCUGCCUGGUUAUCUCAUUCUAGUGUUCAUCCAGAUAUGACCGAAACAUUUCAUUUACCUUCAGAAUGAAAAGGGAUUAUUGUCUGAAAGGAGUUAGGGAGUAACAGAGGAGAAAGCUGCAGAGACAGUGAUCACACAUCCAUAAGGUUUAUGUAUAACCACAAAGGAUGAAAUUUCAAGGCAAGGACAUGAACGUUUGUGAGAUUCAAUCUCAGUACUUGUGCUGUGCAGAUAUUUCACCUGUGAACCAACAUUCUUCUCAUGUCACUGACAAACUAAUCAAAAUGUGAAACACAGUACUGUAUCUGUCACAUUUAAGGCCUGAUUGGUCCAUGCAGUUUCUACAUCUCUUUUCUUUUAUCUAUUUUCCUUGCUUCUGUGGUGUUAGAACUCAGUGACCAAACCAGUCAGAUCAGCUUUAUAUCUCUCUCUGUCAACAAUAUAUUCUACGCACAUGAUACAAUCUUUACAGAUUAGGUUCAAAUCAAAGAAUUCCUGUAAUAAUGACCAAAAACUAAAAAAUAUUUUUAAUAAUAGGAAAAAUAGUGUAGUUCAUGCUAAGCAUAUUCUUUACAGUGAAUGUAGUCUGCUUGUACGGUGCAGUUGUAAUGUGUGUGUGUCAGUUCUAUGUAAAGCAAACCGACCAACGCUCAGCUGUUUGUUCUGUGUUGCCAAAGAGUUCAAACCUUCCACAAAGCCUUAGUCCAGUGACAGACACCUCAGUGCAUGAGCUGGACAGAAGCAUGGCUUGGUCAAAGAACCUUCAUAGUUUCUGUUGUCAUCUUAAAGUUAUCUUCUCAAUGACAAACCCUCACCUUAGGAGGCUUAAAAUCAGGACAUAAGAGGUUGAAACAGUUCAGGCCAGGUCAUGGUGUCUGCCUGACCGAUGCAGAGAGCAUAAAGCAUACUGGUUGGUGUGCUCACUGGAAUUAAAAGGUUUUCCUUUUUCCUUUACUUCUCUGCAAUCCAAAGCUCUUAUUAGACAAGCUUGUCAGCUAACCUGUUUUAUUUUGUUAUUUUUGUAUGCAUCAAUACAAAACAGUGACUGCCAUAACAGACUUUUAAGGUAGACUCCUAUUGUGGAUCGCAGCCUUAAAUUUUUCACUGUCUUUCCUCUGCAGAAAUGGUCUAGGCCUGGGCUUCAUAACUGCUUACUCCACCACAGGAACUCUUCUGUAGCUUCAUUUGGUUGUGACGAAACACAAUGGGUGCCGAGCUGCUGAAUGCAAUUGCCCUUAGAUGAAUAAAUAAGAUUAGAUUGAAUUGCAAUGUUUUGGUCUCAAGCCCCUCCCCAAAAAUUCCUCUACUUUUGGAAGGCCUUCUUGAAACUUCUGUUAGACUCUGGUUCCUCAGAAGAUUCUACAGACCAGUUCAUGGUUUCCAUAUCCAUGUCCAGAGACAUUUGCAGCCUCAAACCCCAACAGUAGAAUGGCAUGCCUAUUGAAUUGAGAAUACUGGUGAACACACAUUCCAAAAUAUGAUGGCAACCUCCUGACAGGAAGGAAGAGGAGCUACUUUGUUUACGGCCAGAAGACAAAGCCAAAAAACUUCAUGUGCAAUCGCUUAACACAAAUGUAGACUAUAGUACAUCAUGACAUACAUAUGGUGGAAGAGAAAAGUGUCCUGCUGUGCAGACGGUCCGUAUUCUUGAAUUGGAAUACAAACAUCCGCAGAGUGAUCUGGGCAUUCGCUGAUGACGCAGUUCACAUCACGCAGGCCUCUAUAGACCCUUUUGGACACAAGAAUGUGGAAACCAUGAUUGGCCUGUAGUCUCCAGGAAAGUUCCUGUGAUGGAAACGCAGCUCAUCCCUGCAGUAUAAACUGUCACUCUACUGAAUAUCUAUAUGCUGAGCUGGGUAUACCUCUAUGACCCGAGUUACGGAGAUAAAAGCCAAAAGCAGGACAUGAGUAGCAUUAAAACAGCUGGAGAGGUAACAACCAGAAAAAACAAUUAUACUUUAACAGUUGAAAUAGCAAAAAUACAAAGAUACAGAAAAGCACGGGAAAAUAUUGAAAGGAUGAGAACAUUUUCAAGUAGCAAAAAUAAUUUGUAGAGAAGGCCAUCCCAGAAGUGAAAAAAAGGAAAUGAAUUGGUUAUUGAGAGGCCAUACAGCACUGAAAAACUGCUUUAGCUGAGCCGAAAGACAAAGGUUAGAUUGCUCCACACCAUACAAGGCCUCAUAUGUAUCGUUAUUUAUAGUUCAUUAAAAUGAAUUCCUUGAAGAUACUGGCAAUCAGUGCAAUGAGGCCAUGAUUACGGUGAUAUGUGACAAACACUGCUCAGGGUCAGGAGUCUGUCUGAUGAAUUCUGUACAGUAUGGCCAUAACCCUCCUCAAAGCCCCAUGAAUACAGGGGGCGUAUUGUGCUCCAAAGAUGUGUUUUUCGAAAGAAAUUAUUUCAGCUGGACUUCAGUAGUCUAAAAAAGUUCAGAUUAGCUGUGUUGCUCUGGGUAAAAUGCUUGUUGACUAGUGGCAUUUCCUCAGCCGUCAUGCUUCUGUCCGCCUGCAUGGCUGCUCCAUCACCUCUAGCCCUUAAUGAGAACACAUAAUGCUUACAUUGUGUAUUUUUUCUUCCAAGCUUAUGCAUCAUGUCAGCCUGUCGUUAUAAUGUCAGCCAAAAUUUAUAUGGUUUUUCAUCCAUGGUGAAAUUAAAGGGAAAAUCCACCCUAAAAUGUGUAUCCCCAAAUGGCUAUAGGUGUACUUUCCAUCCUGGUGUUCCAUUCAGUUUUAGUAGGUGUAGUUUAACAUGAACUUGACACACAAUGUAAAAUAUUUGAGAGGAAGGUCCAGUUUUGUUGUUACAAUCUGAAGUUUGAAAUGCAGGCGCAUUUGUCUGGACUCAUUGUUACACAAUUUCAGAAGUCAGACAAAUGAGUCAAACAUUACAGAAUAUUAAUGUAUCCAAAAGUUGCAUUGUCCUUAAUAGAUACAGUCCCUACAUCCCCUUUAACAGAACAUUCAUUUCACUUUGUAUUUUGGUUCAGAGGGACCAGUUAUACCAUCUAAAAGGUGGUAAUGUAGAGUUACUUUUUUUUUCUUUCACAUCAUGUACAGAUGUUAAUUUUAUCAUUUGUCUUUAGUAUUGUAUACUAUGUAUACAUUCAUCUAGCUGUAUAAAAUAAAGUAUAUAUAUAUAUAUAUGUAUAUAUAUAAAAAACAGUAAAA